CCGCGAGGCUAGGUCUCGCGAGACUCGAGAGCCGGCUCGGUUCCUGGUUGGUGGGACCGCGUUGAGAAAGCCGGGGCGGCAGCGGAGAGAGGGGCCUGAAAGAAAAAGAAGAAGAGAAAGAAAAGAGCCCGGCCCGAGUCGCGCGGAGAGAAUCGGCGAGAACUCCGUUCGUUUCAGUUCUGUGUUUCGAAGCAGGAGUUGGGAGUUCGGCGUCCUUCGCCGUUUUCAUCUCCCCGGACGGUGUUCAUGAUGUCUGCGCUGGGACCGGAGAACGAGAACGUGAGCUCCCUUUCGGGCACCAAUUCGCUUCCCAGCGGCAUGGAGACCACAGGAGCGGCCCCGGCCUCCGCCGAGGGGGUGCCCGGGAUAAGCGACGAAGGAAUGGAACUAGUUGGUGAUGAAUCUCCAGGAAAACAAAAAGAAAAUCAAGAACCAGAUCCUACAUAUGAAGAAAAAAUGCAAACUGAUCGAGCAAACAGAUUUGAAUAUCUGUUGAAGCAGACAGAAUUGUUUGCACAUUUCAUUCAGCCUGCUGCUCAGAAAACUCCAACCUCACCCUUAAAAAUGAAACCAGGACGACCAAGAAUAAAAAAAGAUGAAAAACAAAAUCUGUUAUCUGUUGGCGACUAUCGGCAUCGUAGAACUGAACAGGAAGAAGAUGAGGAGCUUUUAACAGAAAGUUCCAAGACUACUAAUGUAUGCACUCGAUUUGAAGACUCUCCAUCCUAUGUGAAAUGGGGUAAAUUGCGUGAUUAUCAAGUCAGAGGAUUGAACUGGCUUAUUUCUUUGUAUGAAAAUGGCAUCAAUGGUAUUUUAGCAGAUGAAAUGGGUCUUGGAAAGACAUUGCAAACAAUUUCUCUUCUUGGGUACAUGAAACAUUACAGGAACAUUCCAGGUCCUCAUAUGGUAUUGGUUCCCAAAUCAACUUUGCAUAAUUGGAUGAAUGAGUUCAAGAGAUGGGUGCCAACUCUUCGAGCAGUAUGUCUGAUAGGUGACAAAGACCAGCGAGCUGCUUUCGUGAGAGAUGUUUUAUUGCCAGGUGAAUGGGAUGUCUGUGUAACAUCAUAUGAAAUGCUCAUUAAAGAGAAAUCAGUAUUCAAAAAAUUUAACUGGAGAUACCUAGUUAUUGAUGAAGCCCACAGGAUUAAAAAUGAAAAAUCGAAGUUGUCAGAAAUUGUGAGGGAAUUCAAGACUACAAAUAGGUUAUUGCUAACUGGAACACCAUUACAGAAUAACUUACACGAACUCUGGGCACUUCUUAACUUUUUAUUGCCAGAUGUCUUUAAUUCAGCUGAGGAUUUUGAUUCAUGGUUCGAUACAAACAACUGUCUUGGGGAUCAAAAAUUAGUAGAACGGCUUCAUAUGGUACUACGACCAUUUUUGUUACGUCGUAUAAAAGCUGAAGUAGAGAAAAGUUUGCCUCCAAAAAAAGAAGUUAAAAUAUAUGUUGGUCUCAGCAAAAUGCAAAGGGAAUUGUACACAAGAAUCUUAAUGAAGGAUAUAGAUAUAUUGAACUCUGCUGGAAAACUGGAUAAAAUGAGACUAUUAAACAUUCUUAUGCAAUUACGAAAAUGUUGCAAUCAUCCGUACCUUUUUGAUGGAGCAGAACCUGGUCCACCUUAUACAACAGAUAUGCAUUUGGUUACCAAUAGUGGCAAAAUGGUUGUUUUGAAUAAAUUGUUGCCAAAAUUGAAAGAACAAGGAUCACGAGUCCUAGUCUUCAGUCAGAUGACAAGAGUAUUAGAUAUAUUAGAAGAUUACUGCAUGUGGCGAAAUUAUGACUAUUGCAGACUUGAUGGGCAGACACCUCAUGAUGAAAGACAAGCUUCCAUUAAUGCAUACAACGAACCUGACAGUUCAAAGUUUCUUUUUAUGCUGAGCACACGGGCUGGUGGUUUGGGAAUCAAUCUAGCUACAGCUGAUGUUGUAAUUCUAUAUGAUUCUGACUGGAAUCCACAAGUAGACCUUCAGGCUAUGGAUCGUGCACAUAGAAUUGGUCAGACAAAGACUGUUAGAGUAUUCAGAUUUAUUACAGACAACACUGUAGAAGAAAGAAUAGUAGAAAGAGCAGAAAUGAAACUUCGCUUAGAUUCCAUAGUUAUUCAACAAGGUAGACUAGUAGAUCAGAAUCUGAAUAAAUUGGGAAAAGAUGAAAUGUUGCAGAUGAUUCGACAUGGAGCUACCCAUGUCUUUGCUUCAAAAGACAGUGAAAUUACAGAUGAAGACAUUGACGGUAUUUUGGAAAGAGGUGCAAAGAAAACUGCAGAAAUGAAUGAAAAACUAUCCAAAAUGGGUGAAAGUUCACUCAGAAACUUUACAGUGGAUACAGAGUCUAGUGUGUAUAAUUUUGAAGGAGAAGAUUAUAGAGAAAAACAAAAGAUGGCAUUCACAGAAUGGAUUGAGCCACCUAAACGUGAAAGAAAAGCCAACUAUGCUGUUGAUGCUUAUUUUAGGGAAGCUCUUCGUGUCAGUGAACCAAAAGCACCAAAGGCCCCGCGACCUCCAAAACAACCUAAUGUUCAGGAUUUCCAAUUCUUUCCUCCACGUUUGUUUGAAUUGUUGGAAAAAGAAAUUCUUUAUUAUAGAAAAACUAUUGGAUAUAAGGUACCUCGUAAUCCUGACUUGCCAAAUGCAGCUCAGACACAAAAGGAAGAACAAAUUAAAAUUGAUGAAGCUGAACCGCUUAAUGAAGAAGAACUAGAUGAAAAGGAAAAGCUACUUACUCAGGGAUUUACAAACUGGAAUAAAAGAGAUUUCAAUCAAUUCAUUAAAGCUAAUGAAAAAUGGGGUCGUGAUGACAUUGAAAAUAUAGCUCGAGAAGUAGAAGGAAAAACUCCAGAGGAAGUCAUCGAAUAUUCUGCUGUUUUCUGGGAACGAUGUAAUGAGCUUCAGGACAUAGAAAAGAUCAUGGCGCAAAUUGAAAGAGGUGAAGCUCGAAUUCAAAGGAGAAUCAGUAUUAAAAAAGCACUUGACACAAAGAUUGGCAGAUACAAAGCACCUUUUCACCAACUGAGAAUAUCGUAUGGUACUAACAAAGGGAAAAAUUACACAGAAGAGGAAGAUCGCUUUUUGAUCUGUAUGCUUCAUAAGCUUGGAUUUGAUAAAGAAAAUGUUUAUGAUGAAUUGAGACAGUGUAUUCGAAACUCUCCCCAGUUCAGAUUUGAUUGGUUCCUCAAGUCUAGAACUGCAAUGGAAUUACAACGAAGGUGUAAUACCUUAAUCACUUUGAUUGAAAGAGAAAAUAUGGAAUUAGAAGAAAAAGAGAAAGCAGAAAAGAAAAAACGUGGACCUAAACCUCUGACACAGAAACGUAAAUUGGAUGGUACUCCUGAUGGAAGAGGAAGAAAAAAGAAACUAAAGCUGUGAAUAUUUGAUUUCUUGUAAUCACUAAAUUUAGUUCUUUAAUUUUACGGGUCUUCAUAAGAUGUACUUUACAAUUCUCAACUAUUAUGUCAUUAAAGGACAUUGGAUUCAUGUGUUUACUUGCUGAACUAGAAGAAGAGUAACGUAGUUUCACGUUUUUAAAUAAAACAGCUGUGCUGAACUUUUUUUUACCAUUAACACUUGAAAUAAAAAAUAGGCUUCAUCUAGUAGUUGAUGUUUUUUAUAUAUAUAUUUAUGUAUAUAUUGUUCAAUUCUUUGUUUCACAAAUAUGCUAAAUCAUACUACCUAUGAGUAGUUUAUAGAUAUUGUGCUUAGGAUUCCCAGACUAUAAAGUUUUGAACAUACCCAUGUUUUUCCGAAAAUAAGACAUGAUAUUUUUUUUGCCUCCAAAAGAGGCACUAGGUCUUAUUUUCGGGAGAUGUCUUACCUUAGGACUGCUGCAGCCAGGCUUCCCACGCCCUGACAUCUGUCGUACUACUGCUUGACUUCUUCAGUGGCUGCUUGCCACUACUUGCACUGUUGCAGCUGCAUGCGGCAGGAGACCGCAUGGUGCUUUGGACUAUUGACGCCACUUGCGGCAGGCCAUGUGGUGCUUCGGGCCAGUGGCAAUGGCCCAAAGCGCUGUAUGGCAUCUCGUGACGGCAAUGGCGUGAAGCACCAUGCGGUCUCCUGCCAUGAGCAGUGGAAAUGCCCUCAAGUGCUGUGCAGCCUUCUGCUGCAAGUGCCGGCACCAGCAUGAUGAGCCAUGCAGCACUACAAAUGUGAGUGUGGGAGGCCUGGCUGCAGUGGUUCUACCGGUAAGGUAAGCGGGUAUGGGGUGAUGGGGUAGCUCCAUCCUUCUACCCCCCCACCCUAGUUUGAUUUUUAAUUGUGCGCCUUGCCCCAAAACUAGGGCUUACUUUUAGGGUAGGGCUUAUAUUAGGCUCACUCCCAAAAAUCAAGCUAUGGCUUACUUAUGAGGUAGGUCUUACUUUGGUGAAACACGGUAUGUCCUUCGCUUUAUGGAACAUAUAUCCAGUGAUAAAAUGACCAUUUUUAACUGGGCAAACUAACUUAUCCAUUCCAUUGUAUUAGUUUCACAAGAUGAUCUCUGCACUUUAGUUUAACUUUUGCCUUUUUAAAUAGGCAGAUAAAAAUAUCAAAUAUCCAGCCAUCCAACAUUUUUAUUUUCUAGGAAAAUGUCUGUGGGACACAGAAGCAUCAUUGGGAAUAUUACAUUGGAGUUGGUACUUUGCAUUAUAGCAUAGAAUCAGUAUUGUUGAUUUACAAUGUAAUUUAAUCAUUUUUUUUUCUUUUUGGAACUACUUUCUCUUUUCACUUGCCAAUUAUUGUUGUAUUCUGGUCAGUUAUAGUAGUAAUAAGUCAAGAAGCCAAAAUCAAAUUCCCAUUUAUACAUCAUGUUAAACUGCAUUUGUAACUGGUAAGCCAAAGAAAACCAUUUCAAAUUAGCUUACCGCACAAUAAGCAGAAAAAAGGAUAGUGUAAUGUUUAGGUAAAAGUCUUUCCACUCAAAUUUUAUUUCUAGAUUUCUCAUAGAAAACAAGAAUUAGCCUUUUUUUUGUUGUGUUCUUUAACCCAAAUAAUAGGUACAGCGUGAUUGCUUUCUCUGUAACCUUCAUAUUAUACAAUCCCUGAAAAAACUGUCACUUAGCAGUCCUUGGUAUUGGAUCAAGCUUCUGCAUGUACAAAUUAAACAUUCAGAUCCUGGACUGAACUUUUUAUUUUACCCAGAUUGUGGAAACCACCAACUUCAAACUUAGCUUAUCAAUUUACAUUCUUAUAAUAAAGUGUAAUUAGCUAAUACAGUGGGGGGGGGGGAGUACAUCUUUGAGUUCUGUGGUUUUAUGUAUCCGGAUACAGUAAAAAUUAUCUGGUCCUUAGCAAUUCUUAAAAGUAGGUAAAUACAACCUCAGAUGAACAACACCUGACAUUAUACCACGUCAUCAUUUAUCUUACAAAAAGAAACCCAAACUGGAAAAGCCAUGUGUGAAAAACUAAAUAACACACUGUUUCCAUAGACAUGCCAGGUGCUGCUAAUCAAGUGCUCUUGAUCAAUUGAUCAUCAGCAAAUGUGGCUAUCUCAAUAAAAGCUGAGGUUUUAGGAGUUGUUGGUCUCCAGCAUUAAGGUGUGUGUUAACACAGUAUCAAAGAGGAAAGACAUCAGCAAUGAUCUUAGAGAAGCAAUUGUUGCCACCCAUCAAUCUGAGAAGGGUUAUAAGGCCAUUUCCAAACAAUUUAAAGUCCAUCAUUCUACAGUGAGGAAGAUUAUUCAGAAGUGAAAAGCAUUCAAGACAAUUGCCAAUCUUUCCAGGAGUGGAUGUCAAAGCAAUUUCAACCCAAGGUCAGAUGGUGCAAUAGUCAGAGAAAUUGCCAAAAAUCUAAGUUACAUCUCAGACUCUACAGGCCUCAGCAUGUUAAAUGUUAAAUUCAUGACAGUACAAUUAGAAAAAGACUGAACACGUGUGGUUUGUUUAAAGCAGGGGUAGGCAACCGUGGCUCUUUUAUGACUCGUGGACUUCAACUUCCAGAAUUCUGGGAGUUGAAGUCCACGAGUCAUAAAAGAGCCAAGGUUGCCUACCCCUAGUUUAAAGGGUUGCCAGGAGAAAGCCUCUUCUCUCUAAAAAUAAUAUUGCAGCACAACCUAGGUUUGCAAAGUUACAUCUGAACAAACUGCGAGACUUCUGGAAAGCUAUCCUUUUGUCAAGACCAAAGUGGAGAUGUUUGGCCAUAAUACAUAUUGCCACACUUGGCAAAAACCAAACACAGCAUAUUGGCACAAACAUAUCAACUGUCAAACACAGUGGAGGAGGGGUAAUGGAUUGGGCUUGUUUUGUACCUUGCAAUCACUGAAUUGACCACAAAUACCAAAGUAUUCUAGAGUCAAAUGUGAGGGCAUCUGCUGACAGCUAAAGCUUGACUGACAUUAAGUCAUACGACAGGACAAUGAUCCUGAGCACACUAGCAAAUCUACAACAGAAUGCCUGAAAAAGAAAAGAAUCAAGAUGUUGCAACAGCCCAGUCAAAGUCCAGACCUCAACCCAAUUGAAAUGCUGUAGUGGGACCUCAAACGCCCACAAACCUCAAUGAAUUGAAGCAAUCUUAUAAAGAGUGGGCCAACAUUCCUCCACAACUAUAUGCGAGACUGAUAAAGUCAUAGAAAGCUAUUACGUUAACUUAUUGCCACUAAAGUUCCUACAGGCUAUUGAAUCAUAAGGUGUACUUUGUUUUUCACACAUAGCUUCUUCAUUUUGGCUUUCUUUUCGUAAAAUAAAUGAUAUGCUGUAAUAUGUCAUGUGUUGUUCAUCUGAGGUUGUAUUUACCCAGUUUUAAGAAUUGCUAUGUAUCAGAUGAUUUUUACUAUGUCCUGAUAUGUAUAAUCAUAGAACUCAAAGAUUGUGCACUUUUUCACGUGACUGUAUAUAUUUUACAUCAGGAAAUGUUAGGAAUAAAACAGGAAAAAGCUUCUAUGUAAGGAUAAAUUUUAACAUAGUAACUUUAUAUUUUAUAAUUACUUGAAAAAUAAAAAACUUGUUUUGGUUCAA